AAUAACUCAUAUGUAUAAUCAACUCUAAAGAAACGAAAACGAUAGCAAAUUCUAAUCUAUUUCAAAAAAUUAAACCUUGAGAUUAAAAUUGGCAAACAAAUGAAUCAUAUUUUUUAGACGAUCUGCUGAUAGCUAAAAGGUGGAACUAGGAUUGAAAAUGCUUCAGCGAAGAAGCGAAAUAACUAGUGGGUCAACUGUGAAGUGAUUUACCGACUGUUUCAACACUAAUAAACGUAACAAAGAUUCAUGAACCUUGUUCAACAGUUAUACGAUGAUACCAUAUACCAAGUAGUUUACAAAACAAAACUCAGCGAAGCAUUUGAAGUGAAAACAGGAGAAAGUCAAGGUUGCUUACUGUCACCAUUGAUAUUCCUGAUUGUGGUGAACUGGAUCAUACAAGGUACUGUGGGGAACAAGAAGACGGAUAUACGAUGGACUGACGAAAAAGCUUCACGGGAUUAUUUGUGUCUCACAUCUCACAAACUCGAACAUGUACACGGGAAGACCAACAGGUUAGUAGAAGAAGCAGUGAGGACACGAUUACAGGUGAACAUAGAGAAGACAAAGGUGAAGAUACCUAACUAUCAACUGAGAACAUCAAUCACCAUCAAUCAGCAUCAGUGAUAGAAACCUAAA